AUUGCUGAUGUCCAUUGCCUACGGAUACCAAAUAACUAAAGACAAGUUCAGCUCCGAUGGGGCUAAGGCUGUGUUUAUCGCCCCCGUCUUCUACUUCGCAUCUAUCACAGCACAUAACAUUAUCUGGGCCAGCCAUGGUGGUCUUGAAGGCACGCCAUUCAGAGACAUCUCGGACACGGAGGAGAACAUCCUGGUCGUUGCCACGCUCAUAUACCUGUUCACGCUAAUCUACAUGUGGACCUGGAUAUUCCAAACCACCCAAAUUGAAGUGGUCAAAUUGGAGGCUCAGUUGGAGGCUCACAAGAAGGAGAAUACGCCUGAACUCGAUGACCUGAGCAGUGGUCGUGCGGCCUCAUCAGAAAACAACAAUAGCGAUGUCAUCGUAGGUGCGAAUGACCAGGCUACCAUGGAAGGCGAAGAGGAGAUAGUUAGUGAACCCUACAACGCUGGCCCGAAGGGUAGACUCGAUAUGCAGGAUGCAGAGCCUGAGAGUGAGUUUGAGGGGACUACCGCGGAUGAACCAGAUAACGUUACAAUGCCCGUAGCUGCGAAGCUCAGGCUCAUCUCUCGCUUUUUCUGGUGUGUGACUAUCUACUUCUUCGCCUCCAUGAUGACAAUUGUCGUUUCCACGUGGGACUGGGACAAUUUGGCCGAAGCUCGGGCUGCCAUUCUAGUAGUACACAAUUUACUCUAUUGGACAUUCAUGGCAGGGCUGUGCUGGAUCUUCCGACUGCGCGAGGCCAACCCGUACUUUGUAUUGGGCGGUGACUAUGACACGAGCAUUUGGGACGAGGAAACCGAGGAAGGCGAAAGAGACGUACACGAAUUGCAAUCAGUCAAUUAGUAGUGUAAAAAAAGUCGCAAUACGAAUAAACUAUAUUAUCUGCUGCCA